AUGCCUAAACGUAAGGCAGUACAGAAAACAAUAACAGAAUUUGCAGAUGUUAAUAAAAAGGCCAAAGUUAAAAAAGAUGAUAGCGAUUCAAGUAAUAAAGUUGAAACUUCUGGGAAAGUCAAAGGAAAAUCAGAAACAUCAGAGAAAAAACCAUUAAAUAAAAUUGAUACUGAUUUUGAUAUAAUCGAUUUCAAAUGUGCUAAAAAUUCAUCUGCUGGAAAUUCUUGGAAUUUUAAAAUAUCAUCAUGGAAUGUCGUUUCAUUAAAAUCAAUCACUAAUAAAAAUGGAAUGGAAUAUGUUAGGAGAGAAUCACCAGAUGUCAUGUGUUUUCAAGAAACUAAAUGCAGUGAAAAAAAUGCACCAUCAGAAUCGAAAUUACCCGGUUAUCACAGAUAUUUUGCUGCAGGCGUAAAGGAGGGUUAUGCAGGUGUAGCAUUAUAUUCCAAGCUCAAACCUUUGUCUGUUAAAAUUGGAAUCGGUCAUAAAGAACACGAUACCGAGGGUAGAGUUAUAACUGCAGAAUAUGAAGAUUUUUAUUUAGUUACAGCCUAUGUACCAAAUGCAGGAAGAGGACUUGUCACACUGCCUAAACGAUUAAAAUGGGAUGUUGCAUUCAAAGGAUACCUUAAAAAAUUAGAUUCAGAAAAACCUGUCAUUUUAUGUGGGGAUCUUAAUGUUGCACACAAUGAAAUCGAUUUGAAAAAUCCAUCGACAAAUACUAAAACAGCAGGUUUUACACAAGAGGAAAGGGAUGGAUUUACAAAACUUUUAAAUGCUGGUUUUAUAGAUACUUUUAGAAAAUUAUAUCCGAAUAAAGAAGGAGCUUAUACAUAUUGGAAUUAUAUAGGAAAUGCAAGAAGCAGAAAUGCUGGAUGGAGAUUAGAUUAUUUUGUGGUAUCGGAAAGAAUUAUGUCUACAGUAUGUGAUAGUGUCAUUAGAAAAGAGGUAUAUGGUAGUGAUCAUUGUCCAAUAACACUAUUCGUAGCUCUUGACAAUUAA